UCUUUUCAAGCAACAGGUUGUAUUCCAUUGAUUAUUGAAUGUGGGAUUAAAUGAAAGCCUAGGCUGUCAAGUAUGUAAAUUUAGCUUAGAUGAAAGAAUCCAUCAAUGUGGUCUAAUUUGGAUAGUGUGGAUGGAUGCUCGUGAAUCAGAGCCAGCAGCACUAAAGAAGCCAAGACCACCGUUGGUUCCGGCCGAAAAGAAUAAUGCAGUCACCACUCGCCGUCCUCGAACGAGGGAAAUUAGUUCCAGGUAUAAGUCACCCACUCCACCUCCCUCAACACCUUCUGGUACUCGGCGUUGCCCAUCUCCAAACCUUACAAGAACAUCGCAUCCAUCCGCACAAUUGGUGCCCAAGAGAUCCCAAUCUGUGGAUAGGAAACGUCCUUCCACACCCACUUCCCCGCCAAGUCCAUCAACGCCGGUCCAGGAUUCUUCUGUAGAUGUGCAAUUAUCAUCCAGAAGAACAGGGAAUGGUCGGACGCCGGAGAGUUUAUGGCCUUCCACUAUGAGAAGUUUGAGCGUCUCCUUCCAGUCUGAUACCAUUUCAAUUCCUGUCAGUAAGAAGGAAAAACCAGUUACUAGUGCUCUGUCCGACCGCACUCUGAGGUCAUCUUCGAAUGUGGCACAUAGACAGGCCGAAACACCUGCUCCUCGAAAGCUUACACCAGAGAGAAAAAGGAGCCCUCUUACAGGGAAAAAUGCUGCUGAUCAAUCGGAGAAUUCUAAACCAGUCGAUGGUUUGCAUUCCCGAUUGAUAGAUCAGCAUCGAUGGCCAAGUAGAAUAGGUGGGAAAGUAUCUUCCAAUUCCUUGAAUAGAAGUGUGGAUCUUGGUGCUAAGAUUGUCAGGCUUGCUACACCGGUUCCGGGAGUCGGGUUGUCUACGCUGAGGAGAUUGCCCACGUCUGAUGCUUUGGGUAAUAAACAUUUACAAAAAUCUUCUAGUGAUGCUGCCGCGUUAUUAUCACUUAAUGAAAGUGGUAGAGCAGGACUUCGAGCAAAUUUAGUUGAUGAUAAUUCCCUGCAUGUAUCUGGACCUCACAAGCUUGUCUUUAGUAGCUUAUCAGACAGGUUAUCAUUAACAACUCCUGCAGUCAGAUCUCAAUCUUUGCCUACUACUGCAUCGCGACCAUCCUCACCUAGUAAGAGCUCAAUGUUUUCAUCCUCUGUUACAAGAGGCCUUAGUCCAUCUCGAACAAGACCAUCUACUCCUCCUUCUAGAGGAGUUAGUCCAUCUAAGACAAGGUCGUCCAAUAGUUGUAGUCAAUCAAGCAGUUCAACUUCUGUGCUUAGUUUCGUUGCGGAUUUUAAGGGGAAAAAGGGUGCAAUUUACAUUGAAGAUGCUCAUCAUCUGCGCUUACUUUACAAUAGAUAUUUACAAUGGCGAUUUGCUAAUGCCAGGGCUGAGGCUGUACUUUAUAUUCAGAAAGUAACUGCAGAGAGAACACUAUUGAAUGUAUGGAACACUACGCUGAGCUUGUGGGAUUCAGUAAUCAGGAAAAGAAUCAUUCUCCAGCAGUUGAACCUUGAGCUUAAGCUGAACUCAGUAUUGAAUGAUCAAAUGGCCUACCUUGACGACUGGGCUGUACUUGAAAGCGAUCAUAUUGCUGCUUUCUCAGGGGCUAUGGAAGAUUUGGAGGCAAGCACACUCCGUCUUCCAGUGACUGGAGGAGCAAGGGCAGAUAUUGAUUCUCUGAAGGUAGCUAUCUGCUCAGCUGUUGAUGUGAUGCGGGCAAUGGCAUCCUCCAUAUGCUCUUUGCUCUCAAGGGUGGAGGGCGUGAACAGUUUGGUUUCGGAACUUGCUGUUGUAGCAGCACAGGAGAAAGUCAUGCUUGACGAGUGUGAAGCACUUCUGGCUUCAGCAGCAGCUAUGCAGGUAGAGGAAUACAGCCUCAGAACCCAUCUCAUACAAAUGAAACAAGACUUGGGAAGCGUGAGCGGCCAAUUUUGGCAAUCAAGACAGCUUCUUGAUCCUGACUAGUUUCUAAGGCAAUAAUAAUAUCAUAAGUCAGCUUUGUCAAUUCUGAAGGGUUAAAAUACCUGGGCAGAGAGAGAUAAAUGUCUCUCCUCGGUUCUCUCUGUGAAUGUAAAUUGAUUUUUUAGCCUUGGAAUGUCAUCUUGUUCCAUUCCAAUUUUUUCCUACUUUUCUGAGCAAAGAGCCCUUGGCUCCGUGCUUCCCCACUGUAAUUUUUUUUGUAUUACGCAGAUGAAAAGAAAAUGCAAAGGAAGCAAAGGAUUUGAAUUCCAUGUAGAAGCAAAAGUUUCACAGGAAAUGAAAUAGGAAAAUACUCGUAA